UGAGCGAGCGCAGUGAGAGUGAGAGUGAGAUCAGUGCGUGUACAGAGGGCGCGCGCACUCUCAGCGCCUCACACCUACUGCAGGAGAGCGCGAGAGCAGCCCGGAGUCCGUGUCCCGCUCAGCUCGGACCUCCCGCACACUGUCUCAUCCCGAGGACCAGCACUGGGUCGGGUGUUUAAGUCCCGCUCGGCGCGCUGACACAGAGAGAGACACAGAGACACACGGGGAGACACAGAGACACAGAGAGAGACACACGGAACUGUCACCUGGAGCGCCGCCGCCGCCGCCGGUUUGUGCGUAAAAACGCGCGGAAAUGUUGCUGAAGUUGAUCGUGUUGUGGAUCAGCUGGAUCGGGGUGAGGACAGAGUUUGAUGGAGGGUGGCCCAGGCAGAUGGCGUCGUCCAACGGGCUGUGCCGCUACGGCGCCCGCAUCGACUGCUGCUGGGGCUGGACGCGGCGCUCUUGGGGGCACUGCCAGCCUCUCUACCCCUUAACCAACAGGGUACUCGGGAUAAGGUGCCAGGCCAAAGCUCUGUGUCAACACGGAUGCAAGCAUGGAGACUGUAUCGGACCCAACAAGUGCAAGUGUCACCCGGGUUAUACUGGAAAGACCUGCAACCAAGCGGAACAGCAGGAUUAUGUAAACCCCCCAAUCUGGGACAGUCUCCCCCCUCUAUUUGUUCCCAUGGACCAUCCGGCAGUGGGGGUGCCUUCGGAGGAUCUGAACGAGUGUGGCCUGAAGCCUCGGCCCUGUAAACACAGGUGCAUGAACACGUACGGCAGCUACAAGUGCUACUGCCUCAACGGCUACAUGCUUCAGCCUGAUGGGACCUGCGGAAAUGCGCGGACAUGCAGCAUGGCUAACUGCCAGUACGGCUGCGAGGUGAUGAAAGGCGAAGUUCGGUGCCAGUGUCCAUCUCCCGGCCUACAGCUCGCCCCAGAUGGCAGGACAUGCGUGGACGUGGAUGAGUGUGCCACGGGCCGUGGCGUUUGUCCUCGCUUCCGCAAGUGCAUCAAUACGUUUGGGAGUUACAUCUGCAAGUGUCACGACGGCUUUGACCUGCAGUACAUCAACGGCAAAUACCAGUGUACAGAUGUGGACGAGUGCGCGACUGGACAGCACCAGUGUAGCGGCUACGCCACCUGCUACAACACACCCGGUUCGUUCAAGUGCAAGUGCAAGGAGGGUUUCCGCCGGGGCACCGGGCACGAGUGCAAACCUAUCCCCAGAGUAAUCAUCGAGCCUCCCCGGCCUGGGAACAACAACAACAACAGAAUUCCAGAUACAGACCAGAAGAGGACCACCACCACCGCUCAACCUCCGGUGACAGCCAAAAGGAUCUCCCCCACAACGCUACCCUCAAAAACAACCUCACCACCAAGGAAAGUCCCAAUCCCACCACCCAAAAAGCCAACCAUCCCAACACGUAAACCCCCUACGACCCCUCCAAGACCCCCCACUGUAGUUACCCUUAAGCCUAAUGUCACACCUCAACGUCCCACCACCACCACCACCACUGCCACCACUACCACCACCACCACCAUUAUUACCACCACUAAAGCCCCAGUUCCAACACCAAGGGUGCCAGUUGUCCCCCCUCGCAGGACUCCAGUCCCACCAGUUACUCCCAUUGACAACAGCAUCCACAAAGACAACAAUGAAAAACAGAGGGGAGAUGUCCAUAUACCUCGGAAUAAUGGAAAUAACAACGUUCUCGGCAUCGAUUUAGACAUCGAACUGGGUAACACUGAGGACGAGCUGAAAGACGAGCCAGAGGAUGGAGUUCUGAGCUGCUCCUUUGAUCAGGGUCUUUGUGACUGGAUCCAGCACAAGGAGGGAGACGUGCACUGGGAGACCGUACCAGACCCGUCAGGGGGAAAGUAUCUGACCAUCUCAGAAGUACUGGGCAAGCGGAGUGGCCGUGGAGCUCAGCUCAGUCUCCCCCUGGCGUCUCCCUGGAGCGAGGGUAACCUGUGUCUGGCUUUCCGGCACAAGCUGGCGGGUCACCACGUGGGCAUGCUGCAGGUGUUUGUGCAGAAAGGCCGACAGCACAGUCCGGCGGUGUGGGGUCGCACAGGGGGCAGCGGCUGGAGGACGACACAGAUCACACUGUGGGGCAACGGCCUGGAGAGUGUGAUUGUGAAGGGUGAGAGGCGAAGAGGUCACACUGGAGAGAUGGUGCUGGAUGACAUCAGUCUGAGAAGAGGCGUCUGUCAGGAAGAACAUCUCCUGAGAAGACUCUAACAAAGACAGACAGGACAGUCGUCUCAGCCGAUCAUUGAGUUGAGAGAGAAGCGAGGGAUCUGCUUUUCCGUGGACUUCCCUCGAGGUUAGGAGUGUGUCUCGUACAAACAGACGAAUGCCCAAUCUCGCCAGUUGCUGGAUCAAAUCGUGCACGGAAUACAGAAAUUCAAACAAACAAUAGUUUCGGACAAGGAAAACACGCCAGGUUCUUUUGUAAAUGUCAUACGCUUGAUGUAUGAUUUUCAAUGAGAUGAUAGAAAAAAAAAAAGCGGACCCAGCUGUGCCACGGCCACGUUUGCUCUUGAGACUGCCUUUUUAAAGCCUUUUUAAACUAGCCAACGAGAGCAUUGUGUGCUUUGAAUCUAACCGAGAGACAACGUAUUUCCAUUGUAUCAUUGUAAAUGUAUCCGUGUGUACAUAUAUAUAAAUAUAAAUAUAUAUAAAUAUAAAUAUAUUAUAGAUAUAUUUGGAAAAGAUGCUAGUGCAGAAUUACAGUACGUGAAUCCUCCACCAUGUCUAAGUGAUGCAGGGCGAUGUUUUACGCAGCCUGAUUUCGAGUGUUCUCUUGGCAUUACGUAUACUGUAAACUACCAGCCAGUAAAAUUGUAAAUUGUUUUGCAUUACAUUUUUUUUUUAGUGGCUGUAUCAGCCAUCCUGUAUUGGCAUAUGAUACACGUGUGUACCCUUUAACAGUAGGACACGACAACCUUUUUUUUUUUUUUCCACCCGAACCCCUGCUGUCCUCACUCUUGUUUUAGACAAAAUGAUGUCAGUAUUUAAAGAUUUAUGCCAAUAAAAGUUGUGAAUGUACACUUUA